GUGUGUUGAGUGCAGAUCAGCUUACAGGGGUGGCACCGCUACCUGCCUGACAGGCUCACCUGCCCUGAAUGCACCAUCCACAGGUACACAGAGAGAGGUGGUGCAGAGGAGGCGGAGCUUGCUAAGACCGCCCUCACCUGUGGAGGCAAAUAAAAACCCAUCGCAGUCUGAGAGAAGACACUCAGAGGGACUUGACUCUCCUCUUAGUGCCCUGCACUGCUCUGCCAAAUCUCUCUCUCUCUCUGCAACCCCUCUCCUCUUUAAUCUUUCAAUCAUGAGUUCUACUUCUAUAGCAAUUCCAUUCAGCAGCAGGAUGUCUGCAGGUGGAGUCAGUUUUAGCCGUGGAAGCGUUGUUAGAUCAUCAGGUGGUGGAGGAAUGGGGGGAAGCAGGAAGUUCACCUCAAUGUCCCUCCAGGGCACCAGCAGACCUCAAAUUUCUAUGGCCAGCUAUGGAGGUGUUGGUUCAGGUGUUGGUGGUGCUGCUUUUGGUGCAUCUUCAGGUUACGGCUUUGGUGGAGGUUUUGGUGGUGCAGGUGCAGGUGCAGGUGCAGGUGCCAGUGCCUUCGGUAUGGGUCUUGGUAUGGGUCUGAGUAUGGGUAUGGGUGGAGGUGCUGGAGGUGCUGGAGCUUUCAUCCCACCAAUCACUCCAGUCCAAGUCAACCAGAGCCUGCUGACCCCCAUGCCCAUUGACAUCGACCCCAUCAUCUGCAAAGUCCGCACUGAUGAGAAGGACCAGAUCAAGAACCUGAACAACCGCUUCGCCUGCUUCAUUGAAAAAGUCCGCUUCCUUGAGCAGCAGAACACUAUGCUGGAGACCAAGUGGAAACUGCUCCAGGAACAGACCACCACCCGUUCCAACAUCGACGGCAUGUUCGAGGCCUACAUCAACAACCUGCGCAGACAGUUGGACGGACUCGGCAAUGAGAAGGUCAAGCUGGAGGCAGAGCUGAAGAACAUGCAGGGUUCAGUGGAGGACUUCAAGGUCAAAUAUGAAGAUGAAAUCAACAAGCGUGCUGGAGUAGAGAAUGAGUUUGUGCUCCUCAAGAAGGAUGUGGACGGCGCCUUCAUGAACAAGAUUGAGCUUGAGGCCAAGGCUGACGCCCUUCAGGAUGAGAUCAACUUCCUCAGAGCUGUCUAUGAGGCGGAGCUGAAUGAACUCCAGGGCCAGAUCAAGGACACCUCAGUCAUUAUCCAGGUGGACAACACCCGUGACUUGGACAUGGAUGCCAUUGUGGCUGAAGUCAGAAGUCAAUAUGAGGAAAUUGCAGGCAGGACCAAGAAAGAGGCUGAAUCCUGGUACACCCAGAAGGUUACUGAGAUGCAGGUAUCUGCUGGUCAGACCGACCAGGACCUCCGCGCCAGCAAGUCCGAGAUUUCUGAGCUCAACCGCAUGAUUGCCCGCCUCCAGAAUGAGAUUGAAGCAAUCAAGGCACAGCGUGCAAACCUGGAAGCCCAGAUUGCUGAGGCUGAGGAGCGCGGUGAGCUGGCAGUAAAAGACGCCAGGGCCCGCAUCGUUGAACUAGAGGAAGCCAUGCAGAGAGCCAAGCAGGACAUGGCCCGCCAGGUCCGUGAGUAUCAGGAGCUCAUGAACGUCAAAUUGGCUCUGGACAUUGAGAUCGCCACCUACAGGAAGCUCCUGGAGGGAGAGGAGAUGAGAAUUGCCAGUGGUGGCGGAAGUGCAACCAUCACCGUACAGACUUCUUCUAGCGGAGGAGGUGUUGGCGGUGGUAGCGGCAGCGGCAUGGGCUUCGGCUACGGAGGAGGUGCUGGCUUCGGAGGAGGUGCUGGCUUCGGCAGUGGCAUGUCCAUGUCAGCUGGUGGUUACAGUGCCGGAGGUAUGGGCGGAAGUAUGAGCAGCAGUAUCUCAAGAUCCAGCAUGAGCACCACCUCCAUGGGCCGACGCUUUUAAGAAGAGCCGUCUCCUCACUCCCCGUUCUCCUUCUUGCCUUGGUUUCCUUCCCCUGCCCAAACCUCUCAUAUAAGCCCCUGUAACGCCACACCAAACCCUGUGUUUCCCACUUCCUCCUUGGCAUUGCACACCCUGAGAGAGUCAGAUAUUACAUCAAAUACAAGCAGAAGCAGAAAGAUCAGUACAACAGCAAAGAGCAGCAGAGAAUUGAGUCAGUCCUCUCUUUCAUCAGUCAGCCUGGCUGUCUUUUGGUUGCUGGAUGUGCUGUCAAGUCGACAAGAGCAGACUUGUAGUGUCAUGACAGAAAAUCCAUAUAAGGCAACCGCUGCACACUGAACGAUACCUUUAACAUCUGCACAGAAGGACGCCUAGAUGUGGAGAUUCAUGGAUUUGACCUUGAACCUCCGUAGUUAAACCUGAUGUAUGUCCACGUAAGGUCGUAGAUCUUCGUCUCUUCUGUCGUGUGUAAAGACAUCCUCAAAAGCAGCCACGUGUCUCUUUUUACUCGAGUUUCUGGAUCAUCUUGGGUUUACAAAUGGUGUUUAGAUCUCGCUUCAUCUCCAUUUUUCAACCUGUAUAUACAAAAUGGAUAAGGCUGACUGGGACAACCAGAUUUAUUGGAAGUCAUUGUGUACCACCCAAAUGUCUUAAAUAAAUCUGAAUCAUAUUUCUCUUUAA